AUGAAUGAAUCAGAUGAAGAGCGCUAAACAGAUAAAAAUGAAAGUGAUAGAGUGAACAUGGAAGAUGAAUCAUAUAAGUUUGAAAGAUCUCACAAGUUAGGAUUAGAGAGUUCUUAAAAAAGAUUUCUGGGUCAAAUGGAUGGUCCAUUUUCUGAAGAUAAUAGGGAAGACUUAGAAUUCGAUGACAUUUAAUCACCUGGAUAAUAGGCUUCUUCAGAUCGUUAAAAUACUUCUGACACACCAAAGUCUAGAGUGUUAUCGAUACAUGAUAUGGACUUUGACAGCUAAAAAUCGAACAAUAAACUUAAAAAUUAACUUAAAAAUAAGAAGAUGGUCAAGGUGAAAGGAGAAGAUGACACAGAUGGACAACCACUAUAUCUCUCUGACGACUUUGUAGAUCAAUAAAUUUAUGUGUAUGUAGAAAACACAAAGUCAAAUGCGAGAUGUGUAAAAAUACAAUCGAUCAUUUUGAUGAUUUUUCCCUUCCUCUAUCUAGUCUAUUAACUAUAUUUGAUAAUUACAAUUCAGAGAUAAACAGUGCUAAUUUCUGAGUCAUUUGAUAGCGAGGGAUACUAAAUUAAUAUGGAAGUAUCCUAUCCACUCUACAUUUUAAGCAUUUUGUUUGGCAUUAUAUCAAACGUGCUCACAUUUUACAUUGGUUUAGCAAAUUAUAGACUUAUAGAUUCCUCUUAAGUAAUAUUAGUAAAAAUAUAGAGACGUGUUUCAAAAUUAAGAAAGUCAGAGUUCAUGUAGGAGAGAACAACAGAGUAAUAUAGCAGAAAUAUGAUAACUAUUUUCGGAAUCGCACUCUUAGUAGUUAUCUAAAUUGGUCUCAACUUUAUCUCUAUUCAAAAAGCAUAGUCAGAUUAUGUUCAAGAACAUAAAAAAAUUCAUAAAACUUAAGGUGAAGUCAUUGGUAUUAAUGAAAGAUAGGCUCUAGAAAUUUUAAGGCAGUCUUAUUAAUAUUCUUAUCUAGGAAUGGCGGUCAUUCUAGCUUUAUAUAUGGGCUGCUAUAUCUAUCAAUUCGGUAAAUUUAAAAGAUAUCAAAUGCUGGCAGAAAAUACAGUUCUCGGUUCUGGGUCCUUUAAAUAUAAAUGA